AUGGGCAAGCGCGGCAUUCGGCAGGUGACGCAGAUGACGUACGUGGGGGUGAGGAGUCCUGCGGAGAAUGAGAAACACCAAGAAAGGAUGAAAGAUCUGGAGUUGUGCAUUCAAGAUGCUGGAUGUUUUGUGAGCAACAGCUGGAACCUUUGCUUGAGGAGCACGAGGCGGCCUGUCGCUGAACUAGACGGUCGGAAUCUUUUCCGGGAGUUGAGGGCGGAGAAAGAGAGACUCGAAGAAAUCAUUGAAGAUCUGGAGUCCACAAUUGAAGAGGCUGGCUGUUUCGUGAGCAACAACUGGAACUUGUGCUUUAAGAACACCAAGCUUCCAGUAACUGAAAGGGCAGCGAUGGAAUAUUCGGAAUAUUCAAUUAAGGACCUCCAGGGAAGGGUACAUGAUUUGGAGUCCUGCAUCACAGAAGCUGGAUGUUUUGUGAGCAACGAUGGAAGCCUGUGCUUGAGGAGCAUCCAGCUACCUAUCGCAGAAUUGGACAAUCUGGAUCUUCCAAAAGACUUCAGAGUGGAGAACAGCGAGCUUGAGAGAAGGAUUGGGGAUUUGGAGUCCACCAUCCGAGAGGCUGGUUGUUUUGUGAGCAACCCGUGGAACCUGUGCUUCAGAAGCACCAACCGUCCUGUCGCCGAAAUGGGCAUUCUGACCGUUGUGAAACGCCUAAGGGAGAAGAAUAGGGAACUUGAAGGAAAGAUAGAGAGUUUGCAGUCCUGCAUUGCAAAGGCUGGAUGUUUCGUGAGCAAAAAUUGGAACUUGUGCUUUAAGAGCACCAAGCAUCCAGUACUUACAACGGAAACACUGGAAACCUCGCAGUGCGCGAGUGAGGAAAGCAAGGAUCUCCAGAGAAGGGUAGAGAACUUGGAAUCCUGCAUCGAAGAAGCUGGUUGUUUUGUGAGCAAAAACUGGAAUCUGUGCUUGAAGAGCACCAGGCGGCCUACUGCUGAAUUGGACAACCUGGACCUCUCAAGAUACCUGGUUAUGGAGAAUAGUAGGCUGGAGCGCAAGCUGGAAAAUUUGGAGACCUGCAUCGAAGGUGCUGGAUGUUUUGGGAGCAACAAUUGGAAUCUGUGCUUUGAGAGCACCAAGAAACCCGUAGCUCAAAUGACAAGGUUCAUAUAUGUGGAGGAUACAAGUGUGGGAAGUGAGGAUCCCCAGGGAAGGAUAAAAAUGUUGGAGUCAUGCAUCGAGAAAGCUGAAUGUUUUGUGAGCAACAACUGGAACCUCUGCUUCAAGAGAACCAAACGCCCCGUGGCCGAAGAGAACCAAAGAUACCCGUUGAAAAGCCUGGAUGACUGGUAG